UGUUUGCGAAGCUUUAAGGUUUCCGAAACGGUUGCAUAAUAAUAUCAUAACAGAGAAACAUAAGCAUCCUACGAUUCCUUUCUGUCUCACACUAUCUUAUAAUUAUCGAAACAUAAGCAUCCUACCAAGUUGAAUCUUCUUUUCUGAAAUUUUAUUGAAUUAAGUCUGUGAUUCUGGACAAGGUCUGUGAUUUCAGCAAGUGGGUUUCUUUCCCAAUUGGUUGAAAACAUUGAAUAAGCAGCUGGAACUUUUCUUUUUCUUCAUGGAUAAGCUAUGCUGUUUUAAGUCUUCAUACUCUCAGCUUGUAGCGUCGCGUUCUUCAUCCAGCACUGGUAAGGGAAAAAAUCAUGAUGGCUCAAUAAAGUAUGGUUUCAGCCUAGUAAAAGGGAGAGCUAACCAUCCAAUGGAGGAUUAUCAUGUUGCUAAGUUUGUGCAGACACGAGAUAAAGAAUUGGGUUUAUUCGCUAUUUAUGAUGGUCACUUGGGAGACCGAGUGCCUGCCUACUUGCAGAAACAUUUGUUUUCCAACAUUCUAAAGGAGGAGGAAUUUUGGAAUGACCCCACUCUUUCUAUCUCAAAAGCAUAUGAAAACACAGAUCAGGCUAUUCUGUCACAGAGUUCUGAUUUGGGGCGAGGUGGAUCAACAGCUGUAACUGCAAUAUUGAUCAAUGGGCAAAGGUUGUGGAUAGCAAAUGUUGGAGACUCGAGAGCUGUUCUUUCAAGAAAAGGUCAAGCAGUACAAAUGAGUACAGAUCAUGAGCCCAACACGGAACGAGGCAGCAUUGAGACUAAAGGAGGUUUUGUCUCCAACUUGCCAGGUGAUGUGCCUAGAGUAAAUGGACAACUAGCUGUUUCUCGUGCAUUCGGAGACAAGAGUCUCAAGUCACAUUUGCGAUCAGACCCCGAUGUACAGAAUACCAAUGUAGAUGCUGAUACUGAUAUUCUAAUCCUUGCAAGUGAUGGAGUUUGGAAGGUAAUGGCUAAUCAAGAGGCAGUGGAUAUUGCUAAAAGAAUGAGAGACCCACAGAAAGCAGCUAAGCAACUAACAGCUGAAGCAUUAAAAAGGGACAGUAAAGAUGAUAUAUCUUGCGUUGUGGUUAAGUUCAGGUGGUGAUACCAUUUUAAACCCUGUGUGCUGAACGGGGGUGCAGUUCUUACCAAUAAUAUGGUAAAUAUCUCUACAUAGCAUGCCAAGACCAAAUAACAUACAUAUCACAUACUAGUUUCUUCUGAAUAGGUAAUUUGCCUAAGAAAAAAGAGAAAGAAGGGUUUGUAAAGCUGUAAAAUUGCUUCCUUGAUUAGAUUUUUGUCAUUUGAGAAUGUUUGAUUUCUUUCUGUCAAGUGUGGCUACUCAUAAUCUUUUGUAUAUUGUCUUUAUAUUCAUCAUAAGAUACAAGGUGGCUGUGUUUAAGAGGAAUAUGCUUCUACUUAUUUAUUCGAAUAUAGCUAGUGUACAUAGGAAGGACAUUGGUCCUAUCCACACAUUAUUUGAUA